GACCUGGGUCCUGUUUGCUUCUCUAUCUUCACCUCCCAUCACUACCCGCAGCUACACUCCAGCUACUUCUUUGAGUUCUUUCAGUGACCAAUCUCUUUCUCGCCGCAGGGCUUUUUCACUGGCGGUUCCUUCCGCCCAACAUGUCGGGUUUCUUCCUUUUUGCGGGCUGGUGCCUUCUGAUGUCAGAGACUCUCUCCAACACAACCAUCUGAAAUGGGUCUGCCUCCCCGCCUUUUUUGUUGUUGUUGUUGCUUGGCUGCACUUCUGACCGGGCCGGCAGUGAUGAUGUUUGUUUAUGAGUUAGGUCUGACUGUUCGUUGGUGCUUAGAGUCCCCACCGAGUCCCUAGGGCAUGCGCGUACCGCGCACCUGUGCACGCCCUGCGCGCACCUGCAAGCGACUCCGCUCUGGCUCGUCGCUGCUGUUUCCUCCUGGGGGUGCCGACCCUGUCCCAGGCUAGCUGGGUGACUUCCCCUAACCGCAGAGACAGCGGCGACCCGGAGCCUGAGACCUGCGCCCGCAUCCCGCCGGCGCCAGGCAGUGGGAAGUCAGGUUCCUCCGCCACCUCCCAGCCAGGACUCCGCCGCCCGCCUCAGGAUGCCUGAGGGCCCUGAGCUGCACUUGGCCAGCCAGUUUGUGAACGAGGCCUGCGGGGCGCUGGUGUUCGGCGGCUGCGUGGAGAAGUCCUCUGUCAGCCGCAACCCCGAGGUGCCCUUUGAGAGCAGUGCUUACCGCAUCUCAGCUUCAGCCCGCGGCAAGGAGCUGCGCCUGAUACUGAGCCCUCUGCCUGGGGCCCAGCCCCCACAGGAGCCCCUGGCCCUGGUCUUUCGCUUUGGCAUGUCUGGCUCUUUUCAGCUGGUGCCCCGCGAGGAGCUGCCACGCCAUGCCCACCUGCGCUUUUAUACGGCCCCGCCUGGCCCCCAGCUCGCCCUGUGUUUCGUGGACGUCCGCCGGUUUGGCCACUGGGACCUUGGGGGCAAGUGGCAGCCAGGCCGCGGGCCCUGUGUCUUGCAGGAGUACGAGCAGUUCAGGGAGAAUGUGCUACGAAACCUAGCGGACAAGGCCUUUGACCGGCCCAUCUGCGAGGCCCUCCUGGACCAGAGGUUCUUCAAUGGCAUUGGCAACUAUCUGCGGGCAGAGAUCCUGUACCGGCUGAAGAUCCCUCCCUUUGAGAAGGCCCGCUCGGUCCUGGAGACCCUGCAGCAGCGCAGGCCGAGCCUGAAGCUGACCCUCAGCCAGAAGAUCAAGGCCAAGCUGCAGAAUCCAGACCUCCUGGAGCUAUGCCACUUAGUGCCCAAGGAAGUGGUCCAGUUGGGGGGCAAAGGCUACGGGUCAGAGAGCGGGGAGGAGGACUUUGCCGCCUUUCGAGCCUGGCUGCGCUGCUAUGGCAUGCCAGGCAUGAGCUCCCUGCAGGACCGGCAUGGCCGUACCAUCUGGUUCCAGGGGGAUCCUGGACCCUUGGCACCCAAAGGGCGCAAAUCCCGCAAAAAGAAAUCCAAGGCCACACAGCCGAGUCCUGAGGACAGAGUGGAGGACCCUUUGCCUCCAAGCAAGGCCCUUUCCAGGACACGAAGGGCAAAGAGAGACCUUCCUGAGAGGACUGCAACUCAGCGGCCUGAGGGGACCAGCCUCCAGCAGGACCCAGAAGUUCCCACAGUGCCCAAGAAGGGGAGGAGAAAGGGGCGACAGGCGGCUUCUGGCCACCGCAGACCCCGGAAGGUCAAGGCUGACACCCCAUCCUUGGACCCGGAGGGGACCUCAGCCUCUUAGCAGGAGGGUCUCCUUGCUGCACCCACCCUUUCUUGUCUUGCCCUGAAUCUUGGGGUCUGAAUUCUUGGGAGCAGGCAAUAUCUGAAGGUGCAAACAGGCCCUAUGGCUGUUCCCUGCACAACUCUCAUGUUUUUAAUUGUACCCCACCUUCCACAUCUUUAAAGCUCAUGUGAAAAAUGCUGCAUUUUUAAUAAACUGAUAAAUUUGAACUUC